AUGGAAGCACAAAACAUUUUGGAUUUGCUUUGGGGUUCUUCUUCGGAGGAACCAACAACAACAUUGGCCACUCCUCCUUCCUCUAACAAUAAUGGGCCAAGAAUACAACAAAAUACGGAACAACAAGAUGAAGAAAACUCUCCGAAUGGAAAUUCCAAUUCACCACCAAUUAUUGGAAGUAAUAAUAAUCACAACAACAAUUCGGAAAAUAGUGAUAAUGAAGAGUCGGAAAAUGAUGAUGAAAAAGGUUCUAAUAGUGAUAAUGAAGAGGAAAAUAAUGUAAAUAAUUCUUCUUGUUCUUCCUCAUCUGAAUCGGAAAGUGAAAGACAAGAAUCAACAAUUGGAGAUUUACUUGUUAAAAAAUCAUUAUCAAGUAUUUCCUCUCUUUCAUCUCAAAAUUCACAGAAUGGUAAUAAUUUAAUUCAUGCACUUCAUCAAGCUCGUAGAUUGCAUGACGAGGAGCAUAGAAAACAUCAUCCCGAACCACAAACUCCAACUCAAAUUACUUCCCAGAAAAAACUCUUAUUUCAAAAGAAGGUAAAGAAUUCAAAGGAGGAGAAGGACUAUUCUUCAUCGUCGAGUAGUGACAGUAGUGAUAGUGAAGAGGAAAAUCAAAAGAAACAAAAAUCAGCACCUUCUCAAAUGGAAGAGGAAACUUUACAAAAAUUAAUUCAAAAAAAGAAGAGUUACAGAUCUGUGGUAAAUACCUUUAAUUUAUUACCGACUGAUUGGCAUGAAUUAUUUCCUGCGAGUGACUUUUUGAUGGAACAUCAGAUACCUUGUACAACACAUCCUUUGGAGAAAAUGUCUUACGAUUUGUCACACUCUGUUAAAUUUACCUCAAUGUGUCAUCUUACAAAAGUGAAAAGAGCUUUAGAAAUUAACAAAUCCAAAGUUCACUCUAGGACCAAUCAAUUUGUAGCCACUUCUUUCCCUCUUGCAUCAUCAAAAAUUACUGAAAUGAAAGAGGACCAUUCAAUUUUGAAGUUAUAUAAUCAAGAAAACCCCCUAAGAUACUACCACCUCAUUGACUCUUUCUGUUUUAAGGAAUGCUCAUGGGUAGUACAUGUGACAGGCUCUUACCUUCACUCAAUUACCAUUACUUGUGUGGAAGUAGGACAAAAAUCACCACUCAAGAAACACCUUGUUGAAAUGUCGACCCACUACAAUUUUGAUGAUUUUACAGAUAAGAAAAAUUCUACAAUUUUGCAAAUUACUCAUUUAAAAACUCCCUCAAAUUCUCCUCUUAAACCUAUCAUUGCCUGUAGAUAUGCCAAUAAUUUUAUCAGAAUUUUUGAAUUUACUGAAACUUCCAACACUAGUUUUGGAAUUAAGCUUAUAGACACGAUUAAACUCAAUGAAAGUACAAAGCUAGUACACAUUGCUUGGCAACACAUGACCAAGCUCAAUAAUUAUCAACUAGCUAUUCUCACCAGCAAAAAUACAUUAUUUAUUUGGAAUAGCAAGCGACGUCUAUCCUUGGAACACACCAUACAUUCUCUCCCUCCUCUUCCAUUGGGAGGUCUUCUUCACAGGAGUAUGUGUGAGUUUGGAUCAAAUCCAUUUAACAUUUAUGUAAUUGGAACGAGCGGAAUUUUUACUUACAAUAGUAGAGAAAAAACAAGUAGUAUGCUUUUGGAAAUGCCAGGAAUAACAGCUUUUGCAAGAAAUCACUCACAUCCCUAUAUGUAUGCCAUCAGUACUCAGAAGAGAGUACUAAUCUAUGAUGAAAGAAUGGGAUCACAAGAAAUGGUGUGUUUCAAUUUGUCCCCAGAACAUGAUGGGUUUUCAGAGCUGUUCUUUUUUGCCAUUCCUGGACAGAAUGAAAUAUUAUUGGUUGGAUACAGAUACCAGAGGGCAAUUACUUGCUUUUUCAUAGAACCUUCCUCAAUUCUCAUGUCACAAAAGGAUACUACCCUCCAGUCAGACUUGCCAUGGGAAAAUUUUGAAAAACUCUUUGCUACCAGAUGUAAGGCAAGUGGUAUUCCAUCACCAUUGGAUACAUUCAAUGAUGCCACUCUCCUAGUAUCACCAAACAAAAAGUUGUUAGAAAGCAUACCUCACUAUCUUGUUGGAUGUACUAUAUUACCUCCUAGUCCACAAUUUCCAUUCUUAAAAAUGUUCCAAACAAGUGAUGUUGGUGAUGUCUUUAGUCAAUGCUUCACAGUUUCAACCACUGCCAUCAACUUUAAGGCAGUCAGACCAUACGAUAAGAAAAAUCCAAGUCAUAUCAAAUCUGCACAAGAAUUUGAAAAGCUCUACAAGUGGGACAGGAAAAUCUAUCCAAGAAUAUUUGAAGAUAAUGCAUAUUGUGAUAUUUAUAACUUUAUUGGUUUUAAUAAGAGAUUGAAUUCUGAAAGAAUAUCGAAUCAAGAUGAGGUCAAUACCAUAACUGUGGAUGCCUCAAGAUUGGUUCACAUCAUGACAACAGAACCUCCACAGGAAUAUUCCAUCUCGAAUGGAUUUGGUUCCUCUGUUCCAUUAACACCUGAACAAGCUCAAUUCAUUAUCAAUCUCAUCAAGGAAAAGUACAGAAAGACACAACAAUUCAUAGUAUUUCCACUGAUUGAUAUUCACAGAGAGCUCAUUAAUGAGCACUUCUAUUCAUUUAGUGUAUCUCUUGAAUCGAUCGAUAAUGCCCUAUCAUCAACCAAUGCUUUUGUGAGAUGGAAGAUUGGAGAAGAUGCCAAAGUGUUUUCUGAUAUUUUCUAUGCCCUCACUGACGAUGAAGAGAAACGAAUUAAGGCCGACAUUACUCAGAAGAAACAAUCUAAACAAGAGGCCUCUCAGAAUAUUUUGGACAUUCUCUUUGCUGACACUGAAGAGCCACAAGAUGGCAAGGAGGAAUCAGAAGAAGACGAUGAAAACAAGACUGAAAACCCAAAACCCGUUCAGAAUAAUGAGGAUGACGAAGUGGAUGAAGAAUUUGCUUCCCAACAAUCCAACCCUAGCCAAAAGCAACCCAAAGAUGAUGCACAAGAUAUUGUUGACUUUUUGCUUGGACAAGAUGAAAAGGACGAAGAUGACGAUGAUGACGACAGUUCUAACAGCUCAAUAAGUGACAAGAACGAGGAGGAAAAUAACAUUAGCAGUAGUGAAGACGAGAUUGAAGUUGAUGAUUCUGAUGAAGAUAUUACCUUCCUGCCAACAAAUCCAGGUAUGGAAAAACUUACACAACUCAGAAAGGAUGCUCACCUCGAUGGUCCUCUACAGAAAGAUGGAAAAGGUAAAAUAAUGUACGAACAAGUUACCAUCAAGAUGGAUCUAUUCCGAAGUGAAUUGGCCAAAUGGUAUGAUAAGAGAUAG